CCUGCGCCAACUCGGCGCUUUCUUCCUGCUUCCACUUCGUUAGCUGCCAAAUCGUCUGGCCCGGCCUCCAUUUCUAGGAAUGCAUUUCAAACCUCUCGAUCAACGCAAUUGUUGUCUUCUGGACCUCCAUCUACGUCCACUCCGCGCUUUCAACGACGACCCGGGACGUUCACUCGAGAUGAAAUAGACACUAGCUUUGAUGACGAGGAUGACACACUAACUUUCCUCCCAAGCCGCUCCACCGCCAAGGAACACGAUUUUGCUGAAUCAAUAGAUGACUAUCUGCAGGAGCAGUCGCCUCUGUUGCACAGAACACAGCUCGAUCCCUCGACUCCGGCUACCAACAAACGGAAGGUAUUCCACCCACCAGACCAGAAACGUGAACCGAUAACAAUUUCGUCGUCGCCCGAAUAUGAAGAACAAGAUGAAGACGAGCAUCCAGCACCUCACCAGGCACCAAACCUUCCUGUUGCCCAAUGGUCAUCAGAAGGUAGUCUCGUCGAGGCUAUCAAGUCUCCUGAUCAACGCGAAGUGACUACUGCAUCUAAAUUUAAGGACACUAUGCCAGGCCCCAGGCCGAUAGCUUCUGUGGCAAAAAGCGCCUUUCGGUCUCUUUCCAAGAUGUCGAGUGGCCCUCAGAUCAAUGCUGGGGCAGAUCUUCCGGAUGUUUUUUCGCCCUCAAAACGCAAUGGGAAGCAUGACUAUUUGGCCAAUGGCAACGCAGAAUUAGUGAGACAAUGGGUGCUUAACAUUGCUGCCCAACAGUCGCAAGUCUCGCAACAGCAACGCGAGAUCAUGGUUGCUGAGGUCAGACCCGACAGCAGUCGUAGAUUUGUCAUUGUUCUAACUGCUGAUGGGUCUGAGUGGCUGAUUCCAGGGCGAUACCAGGAAUCACGGACGUUUUUGCAAUCAGGCUUGGACGGCAUACGCCCGGGUACGAAGCUCGCAUUAAAGAGCGAAGCCACAAGGUGGAUGGUGCCUAUCAGGGGAUCGACGUCCAACCAAGAGAUUACAGUCGCUGCUCAUUGGGAAAUU